UCUAACAAUAACAGUUCUCCAUGUACCAUUUUAUAUGCCGUUACUUUAUUUAUAUUAUAGAAACUUAUUUUGCAAAGUACGCCUAUGGAAUGUGACGUGAUAUGCCCAUUUUUACGGCACUCGGUUUUUUAAUGCCCGAUAAACUGUUCUAUCUGAAACCUGUCAUUUUUUUAUUAAGUCAUGUUACGUUUCCGAAAUAUGAUGCCGAUUCAAAGAACGGUUGCUGCAGCUGGGUAACUCCUGAAUCGUUUUUAAAGUAUAUAUUAAUAAAAGUAUGGGUGUGUUUAUUGGUCAUCCUUAUAAUAAUAUGAAGGUUAUAUAAGUGCUUUAUCACAUGCUUUCAGAAUCAUGGCGAAGGUUCCCACAAUCAAGUUCAAUAACGGAGUAACAUUCCCAGUCUAUGGUUUAGGUACAUGGAAAUCUAAACCUGGCGAGGUGACCCAAGCCGUGCAAGAUGCUAUCGACAUUGGAUACCGUCACUUCGAUUGCGCCCAUGUUUACGGCAAUGAGCCCGAAGUUGGUGUAGCUUUGAAAGCUAAGCUCGCCGAUGGAACCGUCAAACGUGAUGAAAUUUACGUCACCAGCAAACUUUGGAACACCAUGCACAGACCCGAUCUAGUCGAACCUGCUUUAAGAACCACAAUGAAAAACUUAUGUCUCCAAUAUUUGGACUUAUAUCUGAUCCAUUGGCCUUUCGCACUCAAGGAAGAUGGCGACCUUUUCCCAGUCAAUGCUGAUGGUAGUACAGCAUACAGUGAUGUAGACUAUCUCGAUACAUGGAGAGCAAUGGAAGAUUUAGUAAAGAAAAAACUUGUUAAAUCUAUUGGAAUUUCAAACUUUAACAAACGACAAACUGAACGCCUGCUUCAACACGCGUCAAUUAAACCAGUUACAAACCAAAUUGAAGUGCAUCCAUACCUUAACCAACAGAAAUUGAUUGAUUACCUUAAAUCCAAAGAUAUUGUAGUGACUGCGUACAGUCCCCUUGGAUCUCCCGACAGACCAUGGGCCAAACCUGGAGACCCACAAUUAUUGGACGAUCCCAAAAUCAAGCAAAUCGCUCAAAAAUACAACAAGACAGCCGCUCAAGUUAUAUUGAGGUACGGACUGCAAAGAGGACUCAUUGUCAUUCCCAAAUCGGUGACAAAAUCUAGAAUUGCAGAAAAUUUCAAGGUCUUUGACUUCAGUCUUUCCAAUGCUGAUAUGGCCUUGUUUAAUACUUUUGAUUGUAAAGGAAGAAUCUGCCCAUAUGACGAUGCAUACACACACAAGGACCACCCUUUCGUCAAUGAUGAAUAUUAAAAUUUAAAAAGUAGUGUAAAAGUAAAGUUUCUCUGUUAUUUUAACAUGAUAUAAAUAUAAAUAUAUUUUAC